AUGGCCCUGUUCAAUCCGACGUUCAUUUUUGGGGUCAUCGUGCUCGCCUACAUUGCCUCCUUUGUACUAUUCGCCCUGCUGCGCAUCGUCACCGGCAUUUCCAUCCAGCGCAUCGGCUACUUCUCCCUUCGACGACUGGCAUACACCCCGAAAGAUGGCAUCAAGAUUGAGAUUCGGGGGCUCGGCCUCAACGUGCACCGGCCGACCUUCUCACAGCCCACAUGGCUGAGCAUCGUCGUCAGCGAGCUGGCCGUCACGGUCGACAUCAAAGCGUUGGAAGGCCACAAGCAUGGACUUGUGGCCGAAGAAGAUGGACAGCGUCAUACGGUGACAGGAGAAGAAGAAGAAGAAGAAGAAGAAGGAGAAGAAAAGCCGACGCCGCUACCGAAGAAAAGGUCAUCUUUACCCCGUCGAGCCACCUUUGGCGCAGCGCGUAGCGAAACAUGGAAGCAGCUCACGAGGACGAAAGAAAGGAUCAAGAGACUACAUCGAAAUAUUCACUGGCUUCGCAUGGUAGAUGUCGUGGCCACCGAUUCAACCGUGAAUAUAGUGGACGUUGGCCAGAUCCAGUGUGGCAGCUUCACAAUAGCGGUUGACACCCGGCACAAAAUAGUUGACCGCGCCAGGUUCUUCUUUCAGACCAGUGCUGAGAAGAAGAGACAGAAACAGCAGGCGGAAUGGAUUGCUACUUUGAAGAGCGUCUUGUACACCACGCAGGGGGGCGAAGCAUCCGAGGUUCUCGACAACGCUGUUCUCAAUGUACAUGGUUUUCUCUACGAUCAGCUAGAUGGGUUGAGGGAUGCGACGGUAGCGCUGAAGCUCGGUCGCGUGCACAUACCCUACGAUGAUGUCCACGCCGGUGUUGAACGCUAUCAGAAGCAGAAGCGCUUAUACGCAAAGGACUUCCACACGGUCGAGGCCAUCGAUAUGUCGGUAGAUAAGGUCAUUCAGGAGCUCGACGAGCCCGGCAGUACAGAUCAGGAACUCAUGCAAACGGUCUCGGAUUCCAAAGAGUUUGUAAGCUCAAUUCUAAGAGGCGUUAAGGAAGUUCAGUUCGCUGUUAGUCUGGUCGGAUUGAACAAGAAGGUAGAAACGGUCAAGGCUUCUGGUGCACCACUCCUUCUUAAUUUCUCCAUGAAGGAAGUGGGCAUAGACUUGCAUCGCUUGGAUCACAAGUCUCCUGCUCACAGAAUGUACUUUCCCUCUAAAGACUUGGCACACGAAGCGCUGGCCGCGGCUUUGUCAAUAUCGGUUGGUCUAGAUGAUGGGCUUGGCAAACCCGAGCGCUUGGUAUACAUCCCGAUGGCCACAACUACUGUCAAGACCACACUGCCGUCGAAGACAGUGGAGCUUUCGGAACAUGGGAGUGCUGACGAGAGGAACGCGAACAUCCUCUUUGCUAAUAGCGUGGUGACAUCGCCAUCUGUUGACCUCGACCCGAAGCAUCUGCCUAUACUUCUGGCUCUUCUUCGACCAAAGCCGAAGACUCCAAAAGCGCACGUUGAGCAGCGUCACAUGCUUAUAUCGCGCCUCCUACCGAAAGCCAAUAUCAAAUUCACAAUGCACGAGCCCGUGCUACGUGUUGCUCUACCUCCCGUACACAAGACGGACGACCCCGAUGACUUCGAUCUAAUUGUCUCGUCCAUAUCUUCUAUUUCUCUCGAUGUCGAAUCUUUCCAUUCAGCUGUGGAAGAUCUGCAUUAUUCCUUGGUCUCGCACACCCGGGUCCAAACACAUAAUCUUUAUUACCAAACAGCACAGGGCAAUAGGUUCGACCUAGUGAAUACCGAGUUUUUUGACCUCAAGGUUACGCUCGGCGCCAACCCCGAUGUCCAUGUCAUGGCUAAUGGGCACUUGCAGUCGCUGGCCGUGCAUAUGGUGCGACCUGAAAUAUCGGAUGGUUUACGGCAGAUUAUACGUCAACUCAGGUUAGAUGUAGAGCCAGACAAACGUGGCCGACCAAGGCUCAAGAAGCAACAUAACGCCAUCAGAGGAUUACCGCCGUGGCUUCUACACUUCCAAGUGUCAGUCGAUGACUUCAGCGCUGAGGUUGCAGGAGUCGAUGACGACUUUCCGAAUCACACUCGUGGCGUUGCGCUUCAAAUUGACUCUUGGUCUGCGGAGUAUCGUGCACAGCGCAUCGAUCAGCACUUGCAAAGACGCCCCGCGUCUAGGAGACGGGCGGCGAGUCGUGCGGUCAUGCCGGAUCCGGAAAUCCUAAAGCAGAUGCCUUCUCCGACAUCGCCACGGAAGAAGCUACCUGAUAACUAUAAUGAAGGUGAUGGUCGCAGAAUAGCUAUUCACAUCCGUGGAUUAGAAGCUUUCAUCAUCGACAACGAAGAAAAAUGGGAAGCGGAUCCCUUCGUUCAUAUGCCGCGCUUCGAGGUCGCAUUGUCGACUCUCAGUGACAAACAGGGCCCCAUCCUGCAUGUCCAUUCACAUUUGAAGACGUUGAUGCUUCAGUAUUCGCUUUAUCGGCACUAUGCCAUCGGCGUCGCUGUAAUGGUUCUGAUCAAGGCAUUCGUGCGGACGAAAAGGGACAUGGCGGAUUCGAAAGCGACCCAACAGCACACGGCAAGAACUCCAUCUGGAGCUGACCAUUUGUCGCCUCCAAUGCUGUCUCCUUCUUCGCCCGCCACUGAUGAGAUGGGUCAUUUUAAUCGACCUGUUCAAGAGCUUAUUACUGUUGAUAUCAAGGCAUCAUUGAUACAAAUCAAGGCGGAUCUUCCCUCGGAUCCUGCUGUCAUGUUUCAGCUAUUCAGCGUCGAAGCAGGUCGCCACAGAUGGACACCCCCAUUCUUCCACUCCAAACUUGUGCGUAUGUUCGCUGGGGCACCGCGCAUGCGUGGUGUUUGGGCCCGCAUUGCAAGCAUCCAGUCUCUUCGUCUUGACUAUCGCGAGUCUCGGAAGUUUACAUCUUUCGGCUAUCAGGAUGACAAGAUGUUUGAUGUCAGCAGCGAAGCGAUGCGCAUCGCUGUUCCCUACGAGCUCAUCAUACACAAAAUCUCGGAUAACUUUACCAACGUGAUUAAGGCAUCUGCGCAACUACAUCACCGCUUCAAAACCGGAACCAAUGAGUAUAUUCUGGAGAAAGGGCCCGAAGGACCCAAACAUGUACCCAAAAUCUCAGUGCGCACCCGUCACUUGCUGUUCGAGCUUGAGGAUGGUGCUUUCGAAUGGAAGUUGGGUAUGAUUUACAGGGCCGGUCGAGUUGAGCAACUUCAGAGGUUAGCGCGCGAAGAUGCUUAUCGUGUUAAAGUCAAAAAGAUACACGAGGAAGAGUUUCGGAAAGAGGCAAACCGCAUACGCAACCGGUCGGUGAUGACUAGGGGAAGGAACAAAGACAUGAAUGUGACAUUCAACCGGAGCAAGAGUGAAGAUGGGCGCCCACGGACCGCCAUGGACGGCCGGCCACCAGAAGACACUCCACGGGGCAGGAAGAAACCGCGAUAUGACCCAGAUGGCUGCCUUGGCUUCAGCGGCAGUGCUCAUAUCUCCAUCAACACUGCGCGGGAGACACUGGAUGAGCACAAUUCUCAGAGCUGGAAGAAGCGGAUCGACCGGCACUAUCAAAUGGCCAGAGAUGGCAUGAAAGACCUCCGAGGUUCGUUCUGGGGACCUGAACAUCUACCAGAUGACUUCGAAGAGCACGAGAAGAUCCUGGAGGUCCCACAGCGUCCGGCUCUUAUGGGUGCUGUCAUCGAUGACCUGCACUUCAUGAUCGACAAACCUUCCUUUCCGUUAUCCAAAUUGCCCGACUUCCUCUAUGAUGUAGGCAAGGGCCAACCGAAGAACAUGAAAUAUGCAUUGCUUGUUCCUAUGAGUGUCCAGAUCAAUAUAGGCCAGGCAAGAUUAUCACUGAGAGACUAUCCUCUGCCAUUACUUCACAUACCCGCUCUCAAGUUUGGCCAGUCCUCUCGCCUUCCGGCCAUGUCUCUAAAGACAGAUUUCGUCAUUGCGGAGGAAUUCCGUGGCGCUGCGUCGACUAGGAGAAUCAAGGUUCAAAUCACGCCUCCAAGCACUAGGGAGCCAGGCCAGCCAGCCGGAGGCAGCUUCGCGAUCGACGUGCGCCGCACUAUAGGACCGGUAAAGUCAUAUUCUGACAUGCACGUCGAUAUGAACACAGCGUAUCCUACUCGAAUCACAUGGGGUCCCUCGUAUCAGCCGGCCAUCCAGGAUAUGAUGAUGGUUAUUGAAUCCUUCACCAAACCUCAACUGGACCCCUCUGAACGGGUCGGCUUUUGGGAUAAGAUCAGACUCAACUUUCACUCCCGUGUCCAUAUAGCAUGGAAGGGUGACGGGGAUGUGCAUCUGGCGCUGAAAGGAACCAGAGACCCAUAUAGUGUUACAGGCAACGGCGCUGGUUUCCUCAUGUGCUGGCGCAAUGACGUGAGGUGGAAUAUCAAUGCUGCAGAUGACCCGAAAAAGUUCAUGACCGUUGACAGCGGGGAAUAUGUCCUCGCCAUUCCCGAUUACGGCCAUCAGGAGCGUGAGGUAGCUCGCAAACUUGGUGAAGGCGAUAGCGUAGCCAGUGGUGACAGUUACAGAUCCGGCGCCUUGUUCAAGAAGGUCGUCAUGAAACUUUCUGGUAACGUGCAGUGGAUGGCUGGUCUCGUCUUCGAGAAAGCUAUAGGCCCAGAUGGUCACCGGAGCUUUGACUUUAAGCCUCACUAUGACGUUGUUCUCAAAUCGCCUUACCACGCCCAUGCUGAUGGCGAUUUGCCGUACGAUGCUUUCAGGGGCUUCCGAAGUCAGCACAUUCACCUGUCAAUUGGUAUCAGAGCUCCGGUCGAUAUGGACUGGAAAUCAAGUAUUCACAAGCUAUCGAGAAGCUACAACACCGUACAUCUGACUCCGCGUUUCUUCACACACUUUUUCGCAUGGUGGUCGACUUUUGGUGGUCCAAUGUCUCUGCCCGUGCGCCAAGGCGCCCUAUGGCCUGGCAGAGAGAAGAACAGCAAAAAGUUUGGCAGGCACCUAGGUACGAUUAAAUACAACAUAUUGUUGGCGCCACUCUUCCUAAGUCAUAUCUACAAGCACAAAGAUGCCGAGGACUAUUCGGAGAAUUCAGUUUCUGCAACGGGUAUCAAAGUUAGAUUCGACAGUUUCAUGCUUGAUAUGCACCAACGCCGAGAGGAGUUCAAUACGAGGGACCGCGGUCGCAAGACCGAGAGCAGGACUACGGCCAUGAAGAUUCACGCUGCACAAUUGGACCUUCUAUCUGCUGACGUGCGUGCUGUGUCAGCUAGUAUCAAGGGCACGACGACAGAAGCGGUCAAGAAGAACUCCAUUUCUACUAUCAUAGCACAAGGAGACGAGGACGGUACAGACCUGUCACAUUUCACAAUACCGGACAAUGACUUUAGUUGGAUUGACAUGGAUGACUUUGUUGAACUGGACUGGAUCCUACCCUCGGAGCCAAAUCCGGACACGAAAAUCUUACCUUUGGCAUACGCACCAAGGGUAACGUACUUCCGGCAAACAGAUAUUGGUGAUACUAUUGCGGGCGACCCCGAUCGCACGAGUCCCUUCGGGCACGAACCCACUCACUUGUGCAUAAUGAGCCAGGAUGACAACCCCAGGGAAGUUCAGCAGCACCUGAUUCAACAGAGGCUUGAUCAACUUGAAACCCAAAUCGAGAACAACAUCCGAGCUGUUGGAGAGAGAGAACUGAUGUACAUCAGGGAUGGCACUGAUGAUCCUCAGCUCAAAGCCGACUGGGACAGCUUCCGCAGACAUACCGGCGUUCUUAAGGACAAGCGUACUUUUUUGCAAGGCAUGCUUAGAAACGUGUCGAUGGGCGCCAAUACCGAUGAUGCCCAACCUUCGAGCAGCGGCUCGCCGAAUGGUUCAAAGUCGCCUGAGGACUCCUCCUCCACUGCAGACGCGGCCAGAGGAGCUACUGGGGCUGACUUUGCUAGUGAUUUUAAAAAUCGGUUCGUCAUUCACAACAUGCAGCUCAAAUGGAACAACUUGCUUCGCAAUAUCAUUCUUCGUUACAGCCACCAAGUGAGUCAAAGACGAGGUUUCGUCUACUAUCUCUCCCGGCCCGCAGUCAAAUUCAUCCUCGACAUUGUUGAAGAACAAGCCAAGGCAAAGAACAAGGACAAGGACAAGGACAAGGACAAGGACAAAGCAAGCACCACCUCCGGAGACAAGGAAGAUCCCGCUGCGAGCUCUCAAUCUAAUGGGCGCCACAUGAGGGAAGCUGCACAAGACAUUGAGCAUCGGAUCAAGCAGAUUCUGCAGGAUGGUCGCAAGUUUGUUAAUGCCGAUGAUUCGAAUACUUCAAAUGAGCCGUCUGCCAAUGUGCAGAUGGACGACCUUACGUCGGGCAUUGCUGAGGACUUUUCACCACAGAGCAGUUACCACGUCCGCUUGAUCGCUCCACAGAUCCAGCUCCAAAGUGAGAAGAAUAAGAAGCAUGCUGUAUUGAUCGCUGCCCGGAGCAUGGAACUCAAAGUUGUGGAAGUUAUGGAAAAGGCCCGUUUGUCAGACAACGUUUCUGGCCUCGUUCAACGCCGUUUCUUGGUAGGUAUGGAUGGCACUCAAUUCUUCGUCACUCAUCAAAAAUGGUUCUCUGGGCAAUACCUCGCCAUGUACUCAGGGAACACCUAUGGAGCACCGGCCGGCACCUCAUGGCCGCCGUGGGUGCCAAUGGAGGUCAUGUUCGACUUCCAGGCUGAUCCAUUUGGCUUCAAGCGUGUUGUACAGAAAACGUCAGCACUGUUGAGAUACGACAAGUACAACACAUUGCGUCUCAAGUACAACGACGAUAUUAACAACAACGAAGGGGCCGAGAACCCGGCCAACGAGGGCACGGAAAGCAGGAUGGACAACCUCUGGGUUGAGUUCCCUCAAGCUAGAGCCCUGUGCAACUCGUCGCAGUAUUACGCAAUCUAUGUGAUUGUACUUGAUCUGCUCUUGUACAGCGAGCCUCUUGAGAAGACAAGAAGUGAGAGGCUCGAAAAGAUCAUGUUGGCAUCGGACUUUAGCGACUUGAGAGGCACACCAGAGAUGGUCACAAAGUUACAAGAGCGAAUUCGACAACUCGAAGAGAUCAAGGCACAUUUCCAGCUCAACUCUAAAUACCUUGACAAGAAGGGCUGGCAGGAUCGUCUGCUUCUGGAGCGCGAUCUGACUGCAUGCGAAGACGAACUUUUCUUCAUGAUGAAGGCCAUUACCACAUCACAGCGGAAAUACGACACUACAUCGCAGAGCAAUGCCCUCCUCAGGUGGAGUAUCUCAGCGAGAGAAAUCGUCUGGCAUCUGAUUCGUGACAGCAAUGAGCCCCUGGUCGAGCUGCAGCUCAGAGACGUUGAGUACGACCGAACAGACAACUCGGACGGCUCGCACAUCAACUUGUUCCAGGUGGGCAAGGUAUUAGGACUCAAUCUGUUGCCUGAUGCAAUGUAUCCGGAAAUGAUCGCGCCGUAUAUCAUGGAUGAAAAGUUCAACAUGAUGGACUUCCAGAACCAGCAGAUGAUCCGUGUCUAUUGGCACAUGCUUGAGGCUAUUGCUGGCAUUCCUGUCAUGGAUCAUUUCGAAGUGAACCUCUUCCCUUUAAAGAUACAGCUUGAACGUGAGGUUGGUAAGAAACUCUUCGAGUAUAUCUUCCCUGAGGUGGAAGGAGAGACAAGCAAGAAUCAAGAUGGCAGAACAGAUUCGCCGUUUAUACUCAGCAAAGUCGCCAACGACUCGGAAGAGUUUCAGGACGAGUCAGGCAGUGGAUAUCUGGAACCUGCAGCUUCAGACAAGGACUCCGGAUUCAAUACAAGAGCCGGAUCCCUAGAACUUCGUCUUCGGCCUACCCUGACAUCAGACUCUCAGACUCCUGAGACCACACCUCAAAAGAACAAAGCCCUCAGCGUCCACUCCGGCGAUGGCAAUAGUGUCUUUCGUCUCUUCAAUUCUAAAACGGUCAGUAAGAAACCGUCGUAUGAAUCGCUGCGCUCCAGCCAGAUCACACCUCGGCCGGGCAUUGGGCGCUCUUCAACUAUGGCGUCGACGCAGAGCGAUAACAAGAAAUCCUCACGCUUCGCACUUGCUCGCAACAAUGCCAAGAUGUCUGACGACAAGCCUUCGGAUGAUCUAAGCAAGAUGAUAGACCGUGCAUCCAACUAUAUGACCUUCGCAUACAUAAAGAUGCCGUCUGUAGUCCUGUGCCUCAGUUACAAGGGCAUGGGCGACCGAAAUUUCGAGGACGUGCAUGACUUUGUGUUCCGCCUGCCAACAAUCGAGUACAGGAAUAAGACAUGGUCAAAUCUAGAUUUAGCUUUGGCUCUAAAGUCACGGAUCAUCAAGGCCUUGAUAUCUCACACAGGUGCCAUCAUUGGCAACAAAUUCAAGAAGCAUCGACCAAACAGCAAGGAAAAAGAGCGACUGAGGGAGCUUGCGACGAACAGUGUACUCCUCUCCACUCCAACCGUUGGCAACAAUGGAGACAACAGCGACGAUUCUUCAAGCAUAUUCGGGACAAGUCCAGUAGAUUAUUCUCGCAGCCCACCGCGAAGUUUGAGUGGUAGCCACAGCAGUAUCCCGGUGCCGCAAAGGAGUGAUUCGAGAAGCAGUAGCGUGGCAUCGAGUCGUAGGAGCUACUUGCCCGUCAACACGAUCAACACAUCGCAGGGCAACGGAAACGGUCAAGGUCAGGCCAAUGCUCGUCCAAGCACAAGAGGCAGCCUAAGACCUGUCAGUAGAGGUAGCGCUCUUGAUAUCCCAGAACCCAAAUUCAACCUCAAGAGAAGUAACACCAUCGCUCCUUCUGGCAAUGGAAGCGCCGAUGGGCGCCUAGCAGGGCUCAAAGGCAGGUUCAGUGCGCUCACGAACCGCCUCAAGGAUCAUCGCGAGGGCAGUAAUCUGAGCAAGAGCUCUGACAACGCUGCUAGCGGAGAGAACAAUACGGCGGGAGAGGAAGAGCUGCAGAUCGACGCUGAAGAGCAAGGUGGCGAUGACCCAGGAAACAGAAAGUUCGGUUUUGGCGGGAGGACAAAGACCACUUUUUGA